AUGAAAGACACAAACUUAGAUAUAACGCAAAUUAUAACCAAAGAAAAAAUUGCCCAACCCCCUUGGGCCAGCUCAUAUCUAAUUAAUACAGAACUCAGCUGUCUUUACAAACAACAAACCUCUCCUCAUAUUUUCAAAAGCUUCUUUAAAAGCAUAAUAAGUAACUACAAUGACUCCCAGGAAGUAUACACUGACGGAUCUAAAACUCAAGAAGGAGUAGGUUUCUCAAUAAUAUUCCCAAAUAAAAUAUUUUUACACAAACUACCUCCUUAUUGCUCCAUAUUCACAGCUGAAGCUUUAGCCAUCCUCAUGGCCAUUGAGACAAUAUUACAAGAAGCUCAUUCGAAUUUCAUCAUUCUCAGCGAUUCAUUAAGCACGAUAAGAAGCCUGCAGAACCCUUUCAAUCCCGGUGAUAUUGCAUCCAAAAUUCUGAACAACCUCACCUUAGCGUCCGGUCUAGGUAAAAACAUAGUCAUCAUGUGGAUACCUGGUCACUCGGGAAUAAUAGGUAAUGAAGUAGCCGACGAACACGCCUCAACAGCCAUCAACAACAAAGAUACCGUCUUAAUUAAUAAAAUAGACAUACAUCGUUGGACAAACCCUAACAUCAACCGUAAAGAAGAUACGGUUCUCAAUAGACUCCGUUCUGGUCACACCAGAAUGACUCACGGCUUCCUGAUGGCAAGAGAGGAAGCUCCCAUAUGUCAACCUGCGGAACCUUGUUAA